AUGCCUUUCCGACGUGAUAUCCACACGACGCCCGCUGCAAUAUACGAAACACUCGCAGACCUUCCGUCUCUGGACUUUGACUACAUUAUCGUAGGAGGCGGCACUGCAGGGAAUGUCCUCGCGAAUCGUUUGACCGAACAGCCUAAUACCUCCGUGCUCGUUCUAGAAGCGGGAAGAUCGACGGCGGACGUACUAGCUUCGCAGAUACCCUUCUUCUGUUUUUCGCCACCAACUCUGCUGAACUGGAACUUCACCACCACUCUCCAGCCUGGUCUCAACAACCGGAGCUUUCCCUAUUACAGGGGGUUUGGGCUGGGUGGGUGUAGCGCUAUUAAUAUCAUGACAUACACACGCGGCUCGUCGGAGGACUACGAUCGCUAUGCGAGAGUCAGCGGGGAUGAGGGGUGGGGCUGGGAUAGGAUGCAGCCAUAUUUUCGAAAGUAUCCGAGUGCGAUCGAUGGGCGGGUUAUUCAAGCAACUAAAGAGGUCCCGGAUGAGUUUCCGUUCAAUUUGGAUUAUAAUUCAGGGUAUCAUUUGGGUAUCGGCUGGCAUCAAAAGACUAUCGGGAAUGGGACAAGAAGUACCUCGGAGACCUCGUAUCUCGCUCCCGAGUACAUCAACAGGGAGAACCUGCAUGUGCUUGUGAAUUCGCAUGUCACACGGAUUCUCGCUGCAAACGGCUCCAGUGUAGACAACAGGCCGUACUUCGAUGCUGUUGAAUUCACGCAGGAUGCCGGAACUCACAAGGAAAUCAUUCUAUCGGCUGGAGUUAUCGGGACUCCCCACAUCCUGCUCAACUCGGGCGUGGGAGAUGCAGAGGUGCUCUCUGCGUUAGGCGUCACCUCGACGGUGCACCUUCCCGACGUUGGGAACAACUUCAGGGAACAACUAAACUGGGCCCUCAAUUGGGCUGUGAACGACACAAACACGAUAGAGAAUGUAUACUGGAGGAACGCGACGUUCCAAGAAGAAGCUAUGACAGAAUGGCAGGCGAGUCGAACGGGGUACCUGGCCAACUCCCCGUCGAACCAGUUGGGAUCCUUCCGGGUAAACGAAGGUUUACUGGAGGAGGAGCCUUGUGCGGGUAAUCGGACGGGCCAUUAUGAAUUGAUAUUCACGGGCGGGAUACCCAUCGGCGCUGUCCCACAAACUGGGAGCUUUCUCGGGAUCUCAAUCACUGUCCUAUGCCCACUAUCCUACGGGAACGUCAGCAUCAACAGCACCAACCCUCUCUCCCCACCAGUCAUCAAUCCCAACACGCUCUCGCAUGAGCAAGACUUGGUGUUGAUGGAACAAGCUGUGGCGGGUGCGCAGAGGUUCGUCUCUGCGCCCGUGUGGAAGGAUUAUGUCCUCGGGCUCGUGACGGAUAUCACGGAUCUGGAGGGGAGCAUCCGGAGUAGGGCCAUGCCAGGGGGACAUGCGGUGGGUACGGCGAGUAUGUCCCCGCCCGAUGCGCGUUGGGGCGUCGUCGACCCGGAUUCGAGGCUCAGGCGGGCGAGAGGGGUGAGGAUUGUGGACGCGUCGGUUUUGCCUUAUAUUCCGGCUGGGCAUACUCAGGCGGCGGUGUAUGCCGUUGCGGAAAGGGCGGCGGACUUGAUCAAGGGAAGGGAAUCUUCUUAG